AUGAUAUGAAGAAGUAUCAUAGCUUUCUCAAUAAUGUCUUAUAGGAAUGCCUAAAACUCGUAAAACAUCAAGAAGCAUGAUGAACGAACCGAAAUAUUUACGCAGAGCAACGCCUAAAAGUACUAAGAGGAGUUCAAGGCUGAAAAGGUCUAACUCUAAAGAGCCAAAGCGGUGUUGACGGAAGAAGAGUACCAAGAAAGUGUCUUUUAAUGAUUACAUUGAAGACCCUCUAAGUAACCCUAUUUAUGCAAGCGUAAUCAACAGAAAUCGUCAUGAUGCAAGUAUGCUUGCUGACAAAAUAAAUCAACUUGAAGAGAAAUUAGAGACAGAAAUUUAUAGAAGGAAAAUGGUUGAAAGAGAGCGAGAUGACCUCGUAAUCUCACUAAAUGACAUGACAAUGCAGACGAAGGACCUUGAAAAGAGCCUUAAAGGGUUUAAAACAGAGAAUAUAGAUUUAUACCAACUCCUUAAGCAGAACAAUAAAGAUAUUUUAUUUGCCAAACAGCAAGCUGAGAAUUAUUAUAAAGACAUCAAUGACUUAAAGCAGGCUCUUCUGAAGGAAGAGAAUAAAAAUGCUUCUCUCCAGAAGGUCAUAGAAGACCAGAAAUUAUUGAUAGGACAACAGAGUAUGGAAAUGGCUCAACUAAAGAUUACUAACAAAGCCUACGACCUUUCUAAUAAAGAAAAUGUUAGAAACAUGAACCUUGCAUUUGGCAAGGUUCUGGACAUGUCUCAUGAGAGGAAAAAAGUCUCAAAUGAACUCGAUAAUAUUAUCCAGAGGAGAAAAAGUAAGAAAAAUCUCCAAGGGUCCAACUCUUUCAAACAACUUGCAAAUUUAAACACUGGAUGAAUGAACUCCCAAAGAGGUAUUAGCUCUACGAACAAUCUUCAUUGCUGUCAGCACUCAAAUGAGAAGCCUGGCCUCCUAAUAGACAGGUCGUACUCUGAUGCUAGAAUGCUAAAUAUGAACCAAUAAUGCAAUCUCUUGUGCUAAAAAUUUGCAAACUUAUAAACCAGAGUGUGAUCAUUUAUUCAUUCCAGCCGAUUCCUGCCUAGAGUUCCCAUGACA